AGAGUCUUUUCAUAUAUACAUACACGCACGCACCACAGUUGCUUGCGUCGUACCUUCACCACACCCCCAAGUAAUAGCCACCAACUUCGUAAAGGAAGCACACACCGACGACAAUGACGGACCUUCACAUGACUGCUCGCCCGGGCUACACCGGCCAGCUCAACGGCAAGAUUCUGGAGCGCAUCCGCUUCCUCUCGAAAGAACUCGACCUGCCGAACCUGGAAGAUAAGUUUCCGCACCUGAAGGUGACGGACGGCUCCUGGCGCAGGGUAGCUUCAAUUCCAGACGACGCCGAUCUCGCGGAGUACAUCGAUCACACCCAGCUCAAGGCGGACGCCCCGCACGCGGCCUUCGUGCAGCUGUGCGACGAGGCGAAGAGGUUUCAUUUCAAGGCCGUUGCGGUAAACUGCGCGCAGGUCAAGCGGUGUGUGGAGUUGCUGGCCGGCUCCGGCGUGCGGGUUGGCGGCUCGGUCAGCUUCCCGCUGGGCCAGACCACUACGGCGGUAAAGGUGGCCGAGGCGAUGGAUGAGGUGAACAACGGUGCUCUCGACAUGGAUAUGAUGCUGAACGUGGCUGAAUUGAAGAACAAGGACUAUCGCUACAUCUACAACGACAUCAAGGCGGUGUGCGGGGCGUGCCCGCCACACGUGACCACCAAGGUCAUCUUCGAGAUCUGCCUGCUGACGGAGGAGGAGAUCAUCGACACGGCCAUUAUGUGCGUGGCGGCCGGCGCGCAUUACGUGAAGACCUCCACCGGCUUCAGCACCGGAGGCGCAACACCCGCGGCGGUGGACAUCAUGCUGGCCGUGGUGGGCAACGCGGCGCUCGUGAAGGCCUCCGGCGGCAUCCGAGACCGCCGCACGGCUCUGCAGUUCGUGCGCGCAGGUGUGCGGCGUAUCGGCACGAGCGCCGGUGUCGCCAUCUGCACCAUUUCGUGA